UUUUCUUUCCUUUUCUCUCUCUCAAAAUUAAAAAAAAAAAAAAAAGAGGCACUUUUUUUUCAGCGGCCAACCGGUGCUGACGUACCAGAGGCGCUUCCCUUCUCAUUUCUCUCGUCUAAUUUCACCAGAUCUCACUCUUGUUUUUCCUGAUCCGGGUUUAUUUGUUCUUCUCCCGUUUUUGUUUGUUUCGAUAAAUUUCUUCUAUUUCGAUGGCUGCUCCACCUGCAAGAGCUCGAGCCGAUUACGACUACCUCAUAAAACUCCUUUUGAUUGGCGACAGCGGCGUGGGUAAGAGUUGCCUCCUUUUGCGUUUUUCGGAUGGCUCAUUUACGACAAGUUUUAUCACGACCAUUGGAAUUGACUUUAAGAUAAGGACUAUAGAGCUCGAUGGAAAAAGAAUCAAACUGCAAAUUUGGGAUACUGCUGGGCAAGAGCGGUUUCGAACAAUUACAACUGCUUACUACCGCGGAGCCAUGGGUAUUUUGCUCGUGUAUGAUGUAACUGAUGAGUCAUCUUUCAAUAACAUUAGAAAUUGGAUUCGUAAUAUUGAACAGCAUGCUUCAGACAAUGUCAACAAGAUUCUUGUGGGUAAUAAGGCUGACAUGGAUGAAAGCAAAAGGGCUGUCCCUACCUCAAAGGGCCAAGCUCUUGCUGAUGAAUAUGGCAUCAAGUUCUUUGAGACUAGUGCAAAAACAAACUUAAAUGUGGAGGAGGUUUUCUUUUCAAUAGCCAGGGACAUUAAGCAAAGACUUGCUGAUAGUGACCCGAGGGCUGAGCCACAGACGAUCAAAAUUAACCAACCAGACCAGGCAGGAGGGGCCACGGCAGCUGCUCAAAAAUCAGCUUGCUGCGGAUCUUGAACAAAUUAUUUUGAGAGUGAGAUCUGAAGGAUACAUUCUCUAAUCUAGGAGCUGUUUUGGUCCGGGGAAACUAAUUUUGUUACAACUAUAUUGUUGGUGUUUGUAUUCUUUACUGCCUAUAAUUAUUUUUACAUAUGCUACUCUUUGGUGUGAAAUGUUAGAUCCUCGUUAUUUUGCAAAAUUAAUUAUAUUAGAUUAUUUUUUCCUAAA